CAGCUGUCGGCCGCCGUAGCCCCUGCGAGGGGAGCCCGUGGCCGGGCUGGGAGGAAGAGAAAGGCGGCGAGAAUCGGGUUACAAGAUGGCGGCGGCGCUGCGGUAACUGCUGAGGCGGCGGAGCGCGGCGCCAGCGGAGGGCCCGAAGCGGGGCGAGGCGUCGCUCUCUCCCCGUCGGGGAGCCAUGAAAAGCGGCGCGUUAAAGGCCUCGCCGCGCCCCUGAGUGGCCCCGCUUCUCCCCGCCCUCGCUCCAUUCCGGAGGCGGAGCGGGCCCGGGCCUGGGCCAGGGGACCGGCGCGGAGGCCCGAGGCCGGGGCUGCACCAUGUCGGACACCCGUCGGCGGGUGAAGGUCUACACCCUCAACGAGGAUCGGCAAUGGGACGACAGGGGCACCGGGCACGUCUCCUCCACCUACGUGGAGCGGCUCAAGGGGAUGUCGCUCCUAGUGCGCGCCGAGUCGGACGGUUCACUGCUGUUAGAAUCGAAGAUAAAUCCAAAUACUGCAUAUCAAAAACAGCAGGACACCCUGAUUGUUUGGUCAGAAGCAGAAAACUAUGAUUUAGCACUGAGUUUUCAAGAAAAAGCUGGCUGUGAUGAAAUUUGGGAAAAAAUCUGCCAGGUUCAAGGUAAGGAUCCUUCGGUGGAAGUCACGCAGGACCUUAUUGAGUCAGAAGAGGAACACAUAGAAGAAAUGCCCGAAACUAGUCCUUUGAUUGACCUUCCUACUUGUGAACUCAAUAAACUUGAAGAGAUUGCUGACCUAGUUACCUCUGUUCUCUCCUCACCCAUCCGUAGAGAAAAGCUAGCACUGGCCUUGGAGAACGAAGGCUAUAUUAAAAAACUAUUACAGCUUUUCCAAGUCUGCGAGAAUUUAGAGAACACCGAAGGCUUACAUCAUUUGUAUGAAAUUAUUAGAGGAAUUUUGUUCCUCAACAAAGCAACUCUGUUUGAGGUGAUGUUUUCUGAUGAGUGUAUUAUGGAUGUUGUUGGAUGCCUUGAGUAUGAUCCUUCUUUGGCUCAGCCAAAACGGCACAGGGAGUUCUUGACCAAAACAGCAAAAUUUAAGGAGGUUAUUCCUAUAACAGACUCUGAACUCAGGCAAAAAAUCCACCAGACUUACAGGGUACAGUAUAUUCAGGACAUCAUCUUGCCGACACCAUCUGUUUUUGAAGAGAAUUUUCUUUCUACCCUCACUUCCUUUAUUUUCUUCAACAAAGUUGAGAUUGUCAGUAUGUUGCAGGAAGAUGAGAAAUUUUUGUCUGAAGUUUUUGCACAGUUAACAGAUGAAGCUACAGAUGAUGACAAACGAUGUGAAUUGGUUAACUUUUUCAAGGAAUUCUGCGCAUUUUCUCAGACGUUACAACCUCAGAACAGAGAUGCGUUUUUCAAAACCUUGGCAAAGUUGGGAAUUCUUCCAGCUCUUGAAAUUGUAAUGGGAAUGGAUGAUCUGCAAGUUAGAUCUGCUGCUACAGAUAUAUUUUCUUAUCUAGUAGAAUUUAGUCCAUCCAUGGUCCGAGAAUUUGUAAUGCAAGAGGCCCAGCAGAGCGAUGAUGAUAUCCUCCUCAUCAAUGUGGUCAUUGAGCAGAUGAUCUGCGAUACUGAUCCUGAACUUGGGGGAGCUGUUCAGUUAAUGGGGCUCUUGCGUACUCUGAUAGAUCCAGAGAAUAUGUUGGCCACAGCUAAUAAAACAGAAAAAAGUGAAUUUCUCAAUUUCUUCUACAACCAUUGUAUGCAUGUUCUUACCGCACCGCUUCUGGCUAAUACAUCAGAAGAUAAAUGUGAAAAAGAUGCAGUAGUUGGGUCCACUAAGAGUAACACAAUUUGUCCUGAUAAUUAUCAAACGGCACAACUACUUGCCUUAAUUUUGGAGCUGCUCACUUUUUGUGUGGAACACCACACAUAUCACAUCAAGAAUUACAUUAUGAACAAAGACCUGCUAAGAAGAGUACUGGUCUUGAUGAAUUCAAAACACACAUUUUUGGCCUUAUGUGCUCUUCGCUUUAUGAGGAGGAUAAUUGGCCUAAAAGAUGAAUUUUAUAACCGUUAUAUCACCAAGGGAAAUCUCUUUGAACCAGUUAUAAACGCUCUGUUGGAUAAUGGAACUAGGUACAAUCUGCUCAAUUCCGCUGUGAUUGAGCUGUUCGAAUUCAUCAGAGUGGAAGAUAUUAAGUCCCUUAUUGCACAUAUAGUUGAAAACUUUUAUAAUGCACUUGAAUCUAUCGAAUAUGUUCAGACAUUCAAGGGACUGAAGACAAAAUAUGAGCAAGAAAAAGAUCGACAAAACCAGAAACUGAACAGUGUUCCAUCUAUAUUGCGUAGCAAUAGAUUUCGCAGAGAUGCAAGAGCCUUAGAGGAGGAUGAAGAAAUGUGGUUCAAUGAAGAUGAAGAGGAAGAAGGCGAAGCUGUUGUACCUCCGGUUGAGAAGUCAAAACAGGAGGAUGAUUUUCCAGAUAGCUAUGAAAAAUUUAUGGAAACUAAAAAAGCUAAGGAGAGUGAAGACAAAGAGAAUCUUCCAAAAAGGACUUCAGCUGGGGGAUUCAAAUUCACUUUUUCCCACUCAGCCAGCGCAGCCAAUGGUGCAAAUGGUGCAAACAGUAAAUCUGUGGCAGCUCAGACGUCACCAGCAAGCUCCAACGGCUCCUCUUCCAAGAACACGACCCUGACCACGGCGGUGACAGCCACGAAGGGAAGUCUAGUUGGCCUAGUGGAUUAUCCUGAUGAUGAAGAUGAUGAUGAAGAGGAGGAGACAUCUCCAAGGAAAAGACCUCGUCUGGGUUCAUAAAUGAAACCAAAACUUUGGAAUAAAAACUUUAAUUAUGGGGUUUCAAAUGCUGCAACUGUUCUAAGAGCUAAAAAGAAUCUGAUUCAGAAAGCUUUCUCCCAUGGGUAUCAUAAGAUAAUACAAGGAGUAGCAAAAGAAACUCAGUGUAUCAACUAGAAAGGGUUAGUUCUGUAAACAUGAAGCUUCCAAGGAACUUAAUAUCUUUCUAGUAAGUAAGGAGUCUGCCAUUCAGGCUGUCAAAAAAUUAAAAAAUAAAAUUUUAAAAAAAGUGGGUUAGUAUUUACAGAACCUGGAUGAGGGCUUCUCAGCAAGGAAAGUCUCAGGUGUUGGGAGGGCAGGGGGAGGGAAAGGUAUGGUAAACACUUUUUGUAAAAAUAUUGCAGGGUUUCCCCAGUGUUUAACAGAACUAGGAAAAAAAGAAGCUUAAAUUUUGAACCCAGUAAUCUUAAUUUUGUAAUGGUGCUGUCAGUUGUGUUCUAGCAAUGCCUCUUCUAAAAAAAAACAAAAAAAAAAAACAAAAAAAAAAAAACAAAAACAACCAACCAACAACUUCUUAAGGGAGGACUAACUCUGUUUGCAUACGAACAAUCCAGAUUUUGGGACCAUUUAUUACCAAUUAAAUCGCAUUUCUCGUGGUUGGAGGGAGGGACGCUGCAGUUAUAGUGCAUGUUGAGUUGUUUAAAAAUAAGUUCUAAUUUCUGUUUUUCAAGAGGAGAAAAUGGAAGCUGGAUUCAAAGUGGAUGGUUUUGCUUGUUUUAUUUGAUCAGAUGUCCAGUAAUACUAGGCCAAGAAGCCAUCACUUCCAAAAGUAUCUCCCGGAGCCGCUUGCGUCAGAGCGAUGCUACACACGGCACGCGGAAGAUGCCGAAUUUUAAUUGCUUUCUGCGUUGUGAAGCAAGCUGCCUCUCUCCUCGGGGCAGCGAGCUGUUUUCCUGUUUGCGAGUUCAAAUUGCAGAAUUGAGGUGGUAAUGAGAAACACUAACGGGUUUUUUUUCAUAGUGAGGAGUGUAGUGGCAUUUAACACACAAGUCACUUUGGACCAAGAUGAAAUUGUCACUAACAGAACACCGGUCUCUGAGGCAGAAGCAACAAGCAGCACCUGAAUCUGGGUGUAAUACAAAAGCUGCUUUUUUUAAAGAAAAAAAAAAAAGCACAUUCCACGUAGUAGAUAAGCGAAGUGCGGCAAAACUAGGCAAGUCGAUGGCAAGUUGCUAGAGGCAAACAGUCCAGGUGUUAUUUUCAAGAGCAGUGAGUGAACUGUAAAUAUUUUAAUGUUAGUUUGCCCAUAUGUGAUCUGAGAUCAUGAAGAAGUGAGAGGAAACUUCCCGAUGACAAUUAAUGUGUCAGAAAUGUUCAGAUGAGAAACCAGCUGCAAUCCACCACAUAGAUCACUCUUGUAAUAUGUGUUAUGGGUCCAUUUCUCCUGGAAUAGUUUAAACUGAAGCAGUUUCUCUGUUUUGGAGAUUUUUGUAGUUAUUUUUAAUUUUAGCUAUUGUUUGGAAAAAGAUGGGCUGUCUGUGUAGAUAUGAAGUAUAGUUUUUUCCAUAAAACAGAAGUUUAUUUUGUAUUAAAAAUACCACUGUACUUGUUUUACACCAUUUGUAUACAUGUGGUGAUAUUAAUGCUGAACUGUAAAAUUCAGGAAUUAAAAUGUGACCCUGUAAUUCCAUAA